GGGCAGCUCUCUGGCAAGGUGGCCCACACCUGCCCAGGUGGACCUCAAUCUCCAGGGCUGCUGCCCUCCCUGCCCCUCAGCAGGUAGGAGUGUCCCCACCUCCCCAAAAUCCUACCUCUUGGCCCCUCGGAGAGAUGGCAAUGGAUGCCACGAGGAGCCAGACCCAGAUGCCCUUGAAUCUGGCAGAGCAGAUCCUGGCCGACUUCCAGCUGCAGGAGGCUGACUUGAAGAAGGUGAUGUGGCGGAUGCAGAAGGAGAUGGCGCGAGGCCUGCGGCUGGAGACCCACGAGGAGGCCAGCGUGAAGAUGCUGCCCACCUACGUGCGCUCCACCCCUGAAGGCUCUGAAGUUGGGGACUUCCUCUCCCUGGACCUGGGCGGCACCAACUUCAGGGUGAUGCUGGUGAAGGUGGGGGAGGGCGAAGAGGGGCAGUGGAGUGUGAAGACCAAGCACCAGAUGUAUUCCAUCCCCGAGGACGCCAUGACGGGUACUGCUGAGAUGCUCUUUGACUACAUCUCUGAGUGCAUCUCCGACUUCCUGGACAAGCACCAGAUGAAGCACAAGAAGCUGCCCUUGGGCUUCACCUUCUCCUUCCCCGUGAGGCACGAGGACAUCGACAAGGGCAUCCUCCUCAAUUGGACCAAGGGCUUCAAGGCCUCAGGAGCAGAAGGGAACAACAUCGUGGGGCUCCUACGUGAUGCCAUCAAACGGAGAGGGGACUUUGAAAUGGACGUGGUGGCGAUGGUGAAUGACACUGUGGCCACGAUGAUCUCCUGCUACUAUGAAGACCGCCGGUGUGAGGUUGGCAUGAUUGUGGGAACAGGCUGCAAUGCCUGCUACAUGGAGGAGAUGCACAACGUGGAGCUGGUGGAAGGGGACGAGGGCCGUAUGUGCGUCAACACCGAGUGGGGUGCCUUCGGGGACUCCGGAGAGCUGGACGAGUUCCUGCUGGAGUACGACCGCGUGGUGGACGAGAACUCCCUGAACCCCGGGCAGCAGCUAUACGAGAAGCUCAUUGGCGGCAAGUACAUGGGCGAGCUGGUGCGGCUCGUGCUGCUGAAGCUCGUGGACGAGAACCUGCUCUUCCGCGGGGAGGCCUCGGAGCAGCUGCGCACGCGCGGCGCCUUCGAGACGCGCUUCGUGUCGCAGGUGGAGAGCGACUCGGGCGACCGCAAGCAGAUCUACAACAUCCUGAGCACUCUGGGGCUGAGGCCCUCAGCCACCGACUGCGACAUCGUGCGCCGCGCCUGCGAGAGCGUGUCCACACGCGCCGCGCACAUGUGCGCCGCGGGGCUGGCGGGCGUCAUCAACCGCAUGCGCGAGAGCCGCAGCGAGGACGUGAUGCGCAUCACCGUGGGCGUGGACGGCUCUGUGUACAAACUGCACCCCAGCUUCAAGGAGAGGUUCCACGCCAUCGUGCGCAGGCUGACGCCCAGCUGCGAGAUCACCUUCAUCGAGUCGGAGGAAGGCAGCGGCCGAGGCGCCGCCCUGGUGUCCGCGGUGGCCUGUAAGAAGGCCUGCAUGCUGGGCCAUUGACGACAGAGGCCAUGAGGCAAGGAGGAGGCAAGGCUCGCUGGACCUGGGCUCCCGGGGACUCGCUCCCCACAGGAGCCCCCAGCCUGGCCCAGUGAGGAGGUCUCUUCGUUGUAAGGACCUGGACGCCUCGCCUCCCAUCCCCGUGGUGACCCUGGAAGAUGUGGAAAGGCCCGCGGGGAGGAGGGGACGGGGAAUUGCAGCGCCCAGGGCAGGCCUCUUGCCUCAGAGGCAGUUGGUGGGACAGCCCAAAGCCCUGACUGGGUUGGGAGCUGAGAUGAGCAGGAAUGGAGACCACCACCGCCCCCCCCCCCAAACCCUCCACCUAUCCUGCUGGAAUCAAGGACCCACACAGAGGGGAGCUGCUCACUCAGGACUUUACUGCAUUUCUGUACUGCCUGCCUCUUGGUGCCUUUGGCCAUGUCAGCCUCCCAUGGGCCCUGCUCUGGACCCUGCGGUGGCAUGGGGACUCAGCCCACUGGGAAUGCAGCCCUGCUGACCUGGAUGGACCUAGACCCGGUUUCCACAGGGGUCCCAGGCUGCCAGCCACCCGGGCCUGGCUGUUUUCCUGCCUGGUGGGGGUUGGGAAGUGGGAGAGGAUGGGCUCCAGGAACGGUUCCACAGUGGAGGCAGCUUGUCCCUGAGGCCUGGAGAUGGUGGCUUUUGUGCUGUCCUACUGCCAUCCACCAGUGGUUUGUGGUUUUGGGAUGCACCCUCACAGGGGGUGCAAGACACAGAGCCCCUACAGCCCCUGCCCAGAGGGACCCAGGAGGAAGAGGAGCCCCCCACACUCCCACCCACCGGAAGGCCUGGGAGCACCUCUGUGAUGGAGUCUUCAGCUCCCAUGGGGCUGGUCUGGAGAGAAAACCUCGGGCAGCACUCAGCACCCAGGGACCCUAGGCCUCCCUCUUCCCACCAGACCUCCAUGUGCCACACCAACCUCUCAUGCCCAACCUGGGACUGUGUGGUUUUUUAAAUAAAAGUUGUAAAAAUUUA